CCAUUGUCUCUUCAUAGGAGAAGUUAAGAUCAAUUUCUGUUGUCAAUUCAUCCAAUCUAUAACAAUGGUGUCACUGAGGCUGCAGAAGCGGCUAGCUGCUAGUUUACUCGAUUGUGGGAAGGGAAAAUUGUGGCUUGAUCCUAAUGAGACCACUGAAAUCUCCAUGGCCAAUUCCAGGAUGAACAUAAGGAAGCUCAUAAAGGAUGGUUUUAUCAUCCGAAAACCAAUGAUAACCCACUCAAGAUCAAGGAUUAGGAAAGUGAAAGAAGCCAGGACAAAAGGGAGGUACUCGGGCUAUGGAAAGAGGAAGGGAACGAGAGAAGCAAGGCUACCAUCUAAGGUUCUGUGGAUGAGGAGAAUGAGAGUGUUGAGACGUUUGCUUCGAAAAUAUAGAGAAUUUGAAAAAAUUGAUAAGCACAUGUACAAUGAGAUGUACAUGAAGGUGAAAGGAAAUGUUUUCAAGAACAAACGUGUGCUCAUGGAAAGGAUUCACAAGUUGAAGUCUGAGAAAGGAAAUGACAGGUCACUUUCCGAUCAAUUUAGGGCCAAAAAUGCUCGAAAAAGAAGGUACCAGCAAGGAGAAGAAGAUGGGCCCAGCUCGCUAAAUAAAUCUCUCUCAGGGAGGAAAUUCUCAGAGUAAAUUAUGUAACUCUGUUCCUAAAUUCUGCGUUUAUUUUUGUUUCUCUCUGUUGUACAAGAUAUCAAUUUGUUUCUGCUUAGACAGAUUGUGCUUUUGUUGUAAUAUUAUGUUGUCUGAUCCUAAAUUAAUUUCCUGCUUUAACUUUUA